AUGUCAUUCUGCACCAAUAGAUUUCUUGGUAACGGUCUUGCCCUGUUGCAAACCAAGCCAGCCUCUUUUUUUUCGAACUUUGUCAGCAAGCGUUUUACCCAUGAAUAUGCACCAAGAUUCGUCAAAGUCAAGAAGGCUCAUAAAGGGAGAGUUGCUGUGAGAACGGGGGGCUCAAUGAAAGGUUCUACAGUGGUAUAUGGUGAUUAUGCCUUGAGAUUGAAGACUGAAGGUGUGAGACUCACAGCAAAGCAAUUAAAGGAAGCUGACACCUGUAUAUUGAGGGAAAUCAAAGGUCUUGGGGGCAGACUUUACAAAAGAUUUGUGGCAUCUAUUGCUGUUUGUAUUAAAGGUAAUGAAACACGUAUGGGUAAAGGUAAAGGUGGUUUUGAUCAUUGGGCUGUCAGAGUCCCAACUGGUAAAGUGUUAUUUGAAAUAGCUGGCGGUCCAGAUUUACAUGAAAAGGUUGUUAGAGAAACAUUUAGAAAAGCUUCUGACAAAUUACCUGGGGUUUAUGAAAUUAUUAAAAGAGGUGCUGCUCCAAGAGUUGGUUUGAAGAGUAUUGGGAAGAUACAGCCAAAAAAGAAUGUUGUUGCUGAAAAAAGAGAAAAGAACCCAUCCAAGGAAAUGAUGAAUGAAAUCAAGGCAAACACUGAUGAAUAUAGACUUUACAGAGGUCGUUAG